AUGGCACCUAGGAAAAAGGCUGCGCAGGCUGCGCCCUCAAACGGCGCUGCCAACACCACCACUACUUCAACCAUUCCCGAUGCUACGCCAUACGGCGCCGUCCACCGUCCCCUUGAAGGUCUCCGCGUUGUCGUCAGUGGCCAUGUCAACGUUAGCGACUACAUGCCCCACGGCAUCGAGUACCUCCUCGGUGACCUCGGUGCCAUCCAGGAGAGCCGCGUUGUGAAUGCCGUCACCCACGUCAUUGCCACCAGAGAAGACUACCUGAAGAAUGCCACCAAAGUGCGCAACGGAAAAGAAAAGGGCCUCCACAUUGUGCGAGGUACCUGGCUCACAGAGUGCGACAGAACGCAAACACUCGUCGACGUCGACAAGCACACCUGGAGCAAUGUCAUUGAGCAGGAGCAGAAACUCAAGGAGGCCCGCGAAGAGUAUGUCGCGGCUCAAAAAGCCGGCCAGACCAAUGGCGUCGAUAAGAAGCGUCCAAUUGCCGUGGCAAACCCCAAUGGAGCGACCGCCGACGACGGCGAGGACGACGUCAAGGAAGAGGAAGAAGAGCCCAAGCCUAAAAAGGCGCGUGCCACAAGAGGCAAAAAGCAAGAGACCGUCAAGGACGAAGACGAAGAAAUGAAGGACGCUGCCGAAGACGAAUCAGCACAGCAAUUGCAAGAUGAAGACGCCAAGGAAGCCAAAGCGGACGACGGACAGAGUGCUAAAAAGGCAAUGGUCAUCCCCGUUGACAACUUUUGCACUCUCCCCGGCUUUGAAGUUUACGUCGACCCCGACUCGGGCGUCAUCUACGAUGCGUCCCUCAACCAGACCAACGCAAGCAACAAUAACAACAAGUUUUACAUUGUCCAGCUCUUGCAUGACCCCAAGGCGGACAAGUUCUCGACCUGGACUCGCUGGGGCCGCGUGGGCGAGCCCGGUGCCAACGCUUCCCUCGGCAAUGGCACCUUUGAGAGCGCCCUCACCAACUUUGAAAAGAAGUUCAAAGACAAGUCCGGCCUCAAGUGGGCAGACCGCGCCAAUUCCCCCAAGCCUGGCAAGUACGCCUUUGUAGAGCGCAGCUACGAACCCGACUCGGACAGCGAGGACGGCGACACAGCAGACGCCAAGGACGCCGACUCCAAAGCUGUCAAGCAAGAAGAGCCCGAGCCCGACUGCACCCUCGACGACUCCACCAAGGCGUUGAUGGAGAUGAUCUUCAACAAUGACUUUAUUCAGGCCACACUCGCUGAGCUCAACUACGACGCCAACAAGCUGCCGCUCGGCAAGCUCAGCAAGGCUACCAUCCUGCGAGGCUUCGAGCAGCUCAAGGCUCUCUCGGAUCUCUUCGACGACAACUCGCUCGCUUCCUCCCGCUGGAGCAUGACGGUGCCUGCAGCGACGGAGCACUUUUCCAACACCUACUACUCGCUCAUCCCGCACGACUUUGGCCGUCAGCGCCCGCCCAUCAUCUCUGACGAGCGCCGCCUCAAGCGUGAGGUGGAGCUGCUCGAGUCGCUCUCGGACAUGAAGAUUGCCGCCGACCUUAUGAAGGCCGACCGCAAGGCCGCCGCCGCCGACCCCAUGCACCACCUGGACCGCAAGUUCCAAGGCCUGGACCUCGAAGAGAUGACGCCGCUGAAGCGCACUACUAAGGAGUACAAGACGCUCGAGCAGUACCUUUGCGGCACCGUCGGCAGCACCCACUCCUUCAACUACCAGGUCCUCGACAUUUUCCGCAUCGAGCGCCGCGGCGAAAAGACGCGCUUCGCGACUUCCAACUUUGCCGGCAUCCCCUCGGACAAGCGCCUGCUCUGGCACGGCUCGCGCUCGACCAACUUUGGCGGCAUCCUCAGCCAGGGCCUGCGCAUCGCGCCCCCCGAGGCCCCCGUCUCGGGCUACAUGUUCGGCAAGGGCAUCUACCUCGCCGAUAUGUCGAGCAAGUCGGCCGGCUACUGCGCCGCCGGCAUGUCCCAGGGCGAGGGCCUGCUGCUGCUCUGCGAGGCCGAGCUCGGCGACCCCAUGCUCGAGCUCAUUCACUCGUCGUACACGGCCGACGACACGGCCAGAAAAGCCGGGAAAUGGAGCACAAAGGGACAGGGCACGUUUGCGCCGCCCAAGUGGAUGGAUGCCGGGACGGUGCACAAGAGCCUCAAGGGUGUGAAAAUGCCCGACCCGAGCAAACCCGCCGAGGACACGAAGGUCCAAAACGCAUCACUCUACUACAACGAGUAUAUUUGCUACGACGUCAACCAGGUUCAGCUCCGUUAUCUCUUCCGCGUCAAAAUGUAA